UCACUUUCAACCAAGAGGCAAGACCUGCAGGAGCGAGAAAGGGGCAGGCCCAACUUUUUAUUCAGAUCUGCAGUCACAGCUCAUAGACUCUGAUCUGUACAACAAAGGAGGAAAGAGAAGACAAGACAAGAGAGAUGGCCGCGGUGGACAUUGUAGUUGAGGAUGACUCUGAUGAAAUUAUGCGUGAAGAAGCUGAAGAUGUGUUUCUGGAAGACGGGGUGUCAUCUCGAAACCCCGAGAUCAUGGCGGCGGGCACACACUCACCAGGAGGGCCCAACGGCAUCAUCCGGAGUCAGUCAUUCGCUGGAUUCAGCACGCUACAGGAGCGGCGAUCACGGUGUAACUCGUUCAUGGGGAAUUCAGCUGUGCAGAAGAAGCCCCAGUCCAAGCCCAAGAAGCCUCACCUGUCUGGACACAAAGGAGGAAGUGGGUCCCGAGAGCCACAGCCCAAAAGACUGGAGGAGGUCUACACUGCUCUACGUCAAGGCCUAGAUGAAUACCUAGAAGUCCAUCAAACAGAACUGGACAAGCUCAUGUUACUGAUGAAGGACAUGAAGAGGAAUUCUCGUCUGGGAGUGCUGUAUGAUUUGGACAAGCAAAUCAAAAGCAUAGAGCGGUACAUGAGACGACUGGAGUUUCACAUGAGUAAGGUGGAUGAGCUGUACGAGGCAUUUUGCAUCCAGAGUCGAUUGCGGGAUGGUGCCAUUAGGAUGAAGCAGGCGUUCUCCUCAUCUCCAUCCACUAAAGCCACAAAGGAGAGCAUCGCAGAGGUCAACCGCCGCUACAAGGAGUACACCGAGAACAUGAGCACGUUUGAGACUGAGCUAGAAAACCUGCUUGGGGAGUUUCAUAUCAGAAUGAAAGGUUUGGCUGGAUUUGCAAGGCUUUGUCCAGGAGACCAGUAUGAGAUUUUCAUGAGAUAUGGGCGCCAGCGGUGGAAGUUAAAGGGGAGAAUUGAAGUGAACUCGAGGCAAAGCUGGGAUGGAGACGAGAUGGUGUUUAUGCCUCUGAUAACUGACCUCAUCAAUAUAAAGGUGACAGAGCUGAAGGGUCUGGCCACUCACAUGUUGGUGGGCAGCGUGAUCUGUGAAACCAAGGAGCUCUUCACGGCUAUGCCUCAAGUGGUGGCUGUAGACGUAAACGACCUGGGCACCAUCAAACUCAACCUGGAGGUCACGUGGUACCCCUUCGAUGUAGAGGACCUGACUCUCUCAUCUUCCAAUGUAAGCAAAGCUGCAGCCAUCCAAAGACGAGUGUCAGUCUACAGCCAGGGCACACCAGAUACCCCCACCUUUCAGGACUCUUCCUUCUUUUCCACUUUACCAGAUGACGUCUUUGAAAAUGGUGGAUGCGGUGUGGCUGAAUGCAAGCGCCUUUCUUUCACCUUCUCGGACACUUCUGUUUCUACGCCAAGCCCCGCCCCCAGCAUACACUCAACCGUUCAAUCAAAUCCCGAGAUCACAGUCACGCCCCCAGAAAUGGACCUAUUGCCUCCACACUUCUUGCCACCGCGGGAGGAUUCAAUCGCAGAGGAACAUUUGGUGGAGGAGGAUGAGGAGGAGUACGAGGAAGAUGGGGAGACGGCCAGCAGGGGGAGUCGUAGGACGAGUGGUAGUUUGGCCAGCGAUGAGGCAGAGGUGGCAGAGGACUCUGAAUGGGAACGCACUGAAUCCCAGAGAAACUCGGGAUCUCACUGUGGAUCUGCUGCUGUGUCUGUUUGUACAGAAAAUCACUUGACAACUGUAGCACCGGAGGAUGUUUUUCUAGACCAAGGAGAUGAACUAAAACCUGUGGAGUUGGACACAGAGGAGCCAGGUAGUCUGACACGGCAGCUGGUGAAGAGGCUGACGUCUUCUGAAAUUGAGCCCCCUGUGGUGAGCUCAGCAGAGGUAGGGGAAGUGGGUCUUAGCUGGACCGGUGAGGGCAGCAGGGCAUUUCUAGAGAGUGGUCUGGAGGAGGCGAUCCAUAGCCUGCUCAUGAGGCUCGAGGCUCUGACGCACCGAUGUAGAGAACUGCAAGAUCUGGAGCAGGAAGUCAUGAGAUUUGAAGACAUCCUAAAGUGUCGCCUCCCGGGUCAUAGGAGUCGCUCAUCCAGCCUCAGUCUGACCGUGGAGAGUGCGCUGGAGAGUUUCGACUUUCUUAACACGUCUGAUUUUGAUGAUGAAGACACAGGAGAUGACAACACUGUUCUCAACACACCCCCACAGAGGUCCCCAGUGUUUGAUGCAGAUGGAGAAGCUAUUGGGGGUCAACAUCCAGAGGCCAGAGGGCAUCUUAGUGAAGCCCUGACAGAGGACACUGGGGUGGGCAACAGUGUGGCAGGAAGCCCCUUACCUCUCACCACUGGGAAUGAAAACCUGGAUGUGGCUAUUGUCAUUCACCUCCAGUACUGCAACCAUCUCAUUCAGUUGCUGUCCAGUGGUGUUGGAGUAUGGCAGAAACGCAGUCUUCUGAACAAACUUGCUGGACAGACGGAGAUGCUGGAGGAGCUCUCAGAAAUCACAGCUGAGAAAAUGGGAGCCAUCACAUGUGUCCCCGAUGUGCUCCCAGGCCUUGCCGAGCGCUCCGAGAUGAUGUCUUUGUGGUCAGAGUGCAGUGGCUCCACUGGGCUUUUCCACACCACACUGGAUCGUGUUUUGAAGCACAUGAACCAGCGUUUUACCGCCGCCUUGCAGGAAAAACACCCACAGAACACAGAGAAAGUGAUCGGUGUGGUUGUGGGUGAGAUGGUGGACAAGACUGACCUGGCAGUGGGGUCCCCUUCUGCGGUGACUGCCCUGUCCCAGGAUGUCCUCACUGUGUUCCAGUUCAACUGUUAUGUAUUACAACAUGGAGUCCACAACAUGGAGAUGCACCUACUCAACCUGGCCAGAGAGGAGGUGUUUGCUGAGGCCAUAUCGAGUGGCGAUCACAGCCAGUGUCUGUCGGAGCUUAAGGAGGUGCCUUUGUCUUCGCUUUGGCCCCGAAACCAAACCCUGAGGUCCUUGGCUGCACUCCUCACAGCAGCGGACCCUGAGGUGACCAAGACCACAGCAGACUACCUCUCCUCCGCACCCCCCAACAGCUUCUUCAGGACCAGGGCAGUGGAGUGCUACACCCAGGCACUGUCCGAAGCAGGAGUCCAGAGCCAAAGAGCCGCCUGCUCAGCACUCAGCUGUCUGCAGGCUGUUGAGAGCAUAAAAGCUGUGGUGGCUUUGUGCGAUUCGGCUGAUGAAGAGUUGCGGCACGUCGCCAUAGAAACUCUCCUCACUUUUGGUGAUGAGGGGCGGCUGGCGUAUGAGCAAUUGGAUGCCAUACCGAGCGAGAUGCUGCGUUUGGGGACACGUCGGGGAAAUGCUGUCACCACUGCCUUCUGAAUCACACAAAUGAUCUUCACUGAAGCCACUCUACUGCAGUGCAUUGGAGACUGAGCUAUCACAGUUUACACCACAAUGAUGCUGCCUCUGUAAAGACAAACAAAACUACAAAACUACAACUGUUUAACCUGGAUUAUUCACUUUCUCUUCUUCUGACUGCUUUCUGAGCCAGGAUGACCACUCAACCUAUACUAUAGGGUAUAACCUGAUGCAUUCUUCACAGAUCAAACUAUAAGUACUUUAAACUAUAAUGCACAUAAUAAUCUUAAUAUGAGUCUCCUGUGAAUUACAAUUUUCUGUACAUUAGAAAACUACUUGUAAUGUUAGAGGCGCUUUACAGACAUGCUUUGUCACAAGGCUUGCAAAUAUGGCUUACUCAGAUGUUUUUAUUAAAUGUCUGUUUUUGUUGGAUUUUAUGUUUCAAGGACUUUUUAUGAAUGAAAUGUUUGGCAGUGAGGACCAUUAUCACAGAAAAACUUCUGUAAAACGUUGAGCCUUGAUGAAAAAUAGUUUACAACUUUUGAGGAGGAAAAUGUCAGGAAAAAUGCCCUGUCUCGUUUUGUAUCAGUUUUUCAUGCUUGCAGCUUAACAAGUGCAAUUUGUUGUAUAUAUUUGUAAUUUUAUUAGCUUUGAACCAGUAUAAUGUUAAUGUUUUGUAAGUAUAUUUUUCCUUGGCUUAGCAGGCACCAAGCCAGCCUGUGGCAAUAGUAAUGUGAGAGAUGGUGAGCUUGCAUUUUAAGUUGUAACUGUUUCGAGGAGUGCAAAGGUUUAAUUUAAAUGAAGUUUUGUUCAAGAGGAAGUUGCAGGGUGGACUUUGAUUUCUUAAAAUUUAGUUUGGAAAAUGGGGCCGAUAUGAAAUGUUUUCAACCUCUUUGUAACUACUGAGUUCAGUGCUGGUGCACAAUGACAAAGUCUCACUUUAUUUAUUUACACCUAUAUACUUUGAAGUUAUAUCAUAUAAUGGUGACAUGAUGUAAAUUAACUGUAUAUUGUUUUAUUUUGGAUAAGUCUUAUCCAGUAUUUGUUACCAUGCAAGUUAUUGCAUGCACAACUUUACAAAUAGUUUAUUUUAAAAUUCUAGAUUAUAUUCUGUUAUAUAUUAAUGUUCAAAUGUGCUUUCUGUAUUUUCCCUAUAAAGUCAAUUGCACAAUGUAUCUUUGACAUGUUUUGAUUUAGAAACUUAAACCAUAACCAAAGCAAAAUUAUUGGACAUGUAAUUAAUCCAUGCAGAAUGUAUUUUAAAUACUUCUACAGAGCUAACAUUAAAAGCACAAUUUAAUUCCACAUGAGUCUUGUUUGGUCUAAAAGCCAUACUGAUACAGUUGUACUGUUUUUAUCAAGUGUUUUUUACAAUAUGUAAAUGUUUUUACUCAACUAAUUUGUGAAUAAUAUUUGGGAUAGUCCCGUCAGUGGCACAAAAACACUGACUGCAUAGUUUGUGCAUUGUUCCCUUGGCUUAAAUACUGAUUCUUUGCAUAAAGUGAUUAGCAUUUUCAUCUGCUCACAUUACAAUAAAGUUUUAUUUUUACAUA